CAGCGAGCGAGGGGAGCGCUCGGGGAUGGGACUUGGCGGAGGCGGCCAAGGAGGAUACAGCGUCAGCGGCGCGGGCUUCUUGCUCGGCUCCCACGAACGGUCCCCGAGGACAGCCGCGGCUCGCGACGCGGCACGGAGGCCCACGAGGAAGACCCAGGUGGCUGUGUCCCUGCCUCGCUUCCCAGGCGCCGGCGGCUGCAGAUGGAAAAGAUGCUGGUGGGCUGCCUCCUGCUGAUCCUCGGACAGAUCCUCCUCCUCCCUGCUGAGGCCAGGGAGCGGCCACCCUGGAGGUCCAUCUCCAGAGGAAGACAUGCUCGGACCCACCCCCAGACGGCCCUCCUGGAGAGCUCCUGUGAAAAUAAGCGGGCAGACCUGGUCUUCAUCAUUGACAGCUCGCGCAGUGUCAACACCCACGACUAUGCCAAGGUCAAGGAGUUCAUCAUGGACAUCUUGCAGUUCUUGGACAUUGGCCCUGAUGUCACCAGAGUGGGUCUGCUCCAAUAUGGCAGCACCGUUAAGAAUGAGUUCUCCCUCAAGACCUUCAAGAGGAAGUCCGAGGUGGAGCGCGCUGUCAAGAGGAUGAGGCACCUGUCCACGGGCACCAUGACGGGGCUGGCCAUCCAAUAUGCCCUGAACAUUGCUUUCUCAGAAGCAGAGGGGGCCCGGCCCCUGAGGGAGAACGUGCCGCGGGUCAUAAUGAUCGUGACAGAUGGGAGACCACAGGACUCUGUGGCCGAGGUGGCUGCAAAGGCACGGGACACAGGCAUCCUGAUCUUUGCCAUUGGUGUGGGCCAGGUGGACCUCAACACGCUGAAGGCCAUCGGGAGUGAGCCUCACGAGGACCACGUCUUCCUGGUGGCCAACUUUAGCCAGAUGGAGUCGCUGACCUCAGUGUUCCAGAACAAGUUGUGUGUGGUCCACAUGUGCAGCCUCCGGGAGCAUAACUGUGCCCACUUCUGCAUCAACACCCCUGGCUCCUAUGUCUGCAGGUGCAAACAGGGAUACAUCCUCAACUCGGAUCAGACGACUUGCAGAAUCCAGGAUCUGUGUGCGGCGGAGGACCACGGCUGUGAGCAGCUCUGUGUGAACGUGCUGGGCUCCUUCGUCUGCCAGUGCUACAGCGGCUACGCCCUAGCGGAGGACGGGAAAAAGUGUGUGGCUGUGGACUACUGCGCCUCAGAAAACCACGGCUGCGAACACGAGUGUGUGAAUGCCGAUGGCUCCUACUUUUGCCGGUGCCCCAAAGGAUUUUCCUUGAAUCCAGAUAAAAAAACAUGCACAAAGAUAGACUACUGUGCCUCACGUAGUCAUGGAUGUCAGCACGAGUGUGUUAACACAGAUGAUUCCUAUUCCUGCCGCUGCCUAAAAGGCUUUACCCUGAAUCCAGAUAAGAAAACCUGCAGAAGGAUUAACUACUGUGCGCUGAAGAAACCAGGCUGUGAGCACGAAUGUGUCAACACAGAGGAGGGCUACUACUGUCGCUGCCACCGAGGCUACACCCUGGACCCCAACGGCAAGACCUGCAGCCGGGUGGAUCACUGCGCGGAGCAGGACCAUGGCUGUGAGCAGCUGUGUCUCAACACAGAGGAGUCCUUCGUCUGCCAGUGUUCGGAAGGCUUCCUCAUCAAUGAGGACCUCAAGACCUGCUCCCGGGCUGAUUAUUGCUUGCUGAGUGACCAUGGUUGCGAAUACGCCUGCGUCAACACCGACACAUCCUUUGCCUGUCAGUGCCCCGAGGGCCAUGUGCUCCGCAGUGAUGGGAAGACCUGUGCCAAAUUGGACCCUUGUGCUCUGGGGGACCAUGGUUGUGAACAUUCAUGUGUAAACAGCGAAGACUCUUUUGUGUGCCAGUGCUUUGAAGGAUAUGUACUCCGUGAAGACGGAAAAACCUGCAGAAGGAAAGAUGUCUGCCAAGCAGUAGACCAUGGCUGUGAACACAUUUGUGUGAACAAUGGCGAGUCGUACAUCUGCAAGUGCUUGGAGGGGUUCCGGCUCACUGAGGAUGGGAAACGCUGCAAAAGGAAGGAUGUCUGCAAAUCGGCCCACCAUGGCUGCGAACACAUUUGUGUUAGUCGUGGCAAUUCCUACGUCUGCAAAUGCUCAGAGGGAUUUGUUCUAGCUGAGGAUGGAAGGCAGUGCAAGAGAUGCUCUGAAGGCCCGGUUGACCUGGUCUUUGUGAUCGAUGGAUCCAAGAGCCUCGGAGAAGAUAAUUUUGAGAUUGUGAAGCAGUUUGUCACCGGAAUCAUAGAUUCCUUGGUGAUUUCCCCCAAAGCCGCUCGAGUGGGGCUGCUCCAGUAUUCCACGCAGGUCCGCACGGAGUUCACCCUGAGAAACUUCAGCUCGGCCAAGGACAUGAAAAAAGCCGUGGCCCACAUGAAGUACAUGGGCAAGGGCUCCAUGACUGGGCUGGCCCUGAAACACAUGUUUGAGAGAAGCUUUACCCAAAUGGAAGGGGCCAGGCCUCUCCCCGCACGGGUGCCCCGAGCGGCCAUCGUGUUCACAGAUGGACGGGCUCAGGACGACGUCUCCGAGUGGGCCAGCAAAGCCAAGGCCAAUGGCAUAACUAUGUAUGCUGUCGGGGUAGGAAAAGCCAUUGAGGAAGAACUGCAAGAGAUCGCCUCUAAACCCACAAACAAGCAUCUCUUCUAUGCCGAGGACUUCAGCACAAUGGGCGAGAUAAGUGAAAAACUAAAGAAAGGCAUAUGCGAAGCUCUGGAAGACUCUGAUGGAAGUCAGGACUCCCCAGCCGGGGAAUUGCCAAAGAGGGUUCACCAGCCGACAGAAUCUGAGCCAGUCACCAUAAAUAUCCAAGACCUACUUUCCUGUUCUAAUUUUGCAGUGCAACACAGAUAUCUGUUUGAAGAAGACAGUCUUUCACGGUCUACACAAAAACUGUUCCAUUCCACAAAAUCUUCAGGAAGUUCUUUGGAAGAAAAACCUGAGCAAUGCAAAUGUGAAAACCUUAUCAUGUUCCAGAACCUUGCAAAUGAAGAAGUAAGAAAAUUAACACAACGCUUAGAAGAAAUGACACAGAGAAUGGAAGCCCUGGAAAAUCGCCUGAGAUACAGAUGAAGACUUGAAAUAACUGUUGGUAUGUCAUUAUAUCAAGGAUUACAAUGAAAGCAAUUCUGAGGCGUAUAGCUCAGGCUACAGUCAAUUCUGUAAGGUUGUAAAGAGCUAAGAAAGCUGGUUUGCCAUAGAACGAAGGUAGAAAGCAGACACUAACUUGUAUAAAUGUAAUGAGAAAAAGAAUCCCUCAGAAUCUUAAAAUGCGUUUAUCAAGUCAGAAUAAGCUAUGCAAGAUACUCUGUAACAGA